AAAGAUGCCUCAAAAUGGGAGGGAGGAGAACGGUUACGACCCGGAAGAUGAUCGAAAUGUUAACCACGACAACGGGAAGCUCGAAGAAUUGGGAGAGUUGUCGGUAGAGAGGCUGUUCGAGAACCAAGAGGUGCCGUCGUGGAGGAAGCAGCUGACGGUGAGAGCCUUCGUGGUGAGCAUACUGUUCAGCUUCAUAGUGAUGAAGCUCAACCUCACCACCGGUAUCAUUCCUUCGCUCAACCUCUCCGCCGGUCUAUUGGGGUUCUUCUUCGUGAAGACGUGGACCAAAUUGCUUCGGAAGUCCGGCUUGUUGAAGCAGCCCUUCACCAGGCAGGAAAACACCGUCAUCCAGACCUGUGUUGUCGCCUCCUCCGGCAUCGCCUUCAGUGGAGGUUUUGGAACUUAUCUGUUUGGAAUGAGUGAACGCAUUGCCAAACUAUCAACAAACACUCAUGAUUUCAAAAACCCAUCAUUAGUAUGGAUAAUCGGCUUUCUCUUUGUUGUCAGCUUUCUUGGACUCUUCUCGGUGGUGCCUCUCCGAACGAUUAUGGUCAUAGACUUCAGACUCACAUUUCCAAGUGGUACUGCAACCACUUAUCUUAUCAACAGCUUCCACACUCCUCUAGGAGCCAAACUAGCAAAGAAGCAAGUGAGAGAGUUGGGCAAGUUUUUCAGCUUCAGCUUUUUAUGGGGUUUCUUCCAAUGGUUCUAUACUGCUGGAGACGAUUGUGGAUUUGCAAGCUUCCCUUCAUUAGGCCUCAAAGCAUAUAAAUACAAAUUUUAUUUUGAUUUCUCAGCAACAUAUGUUGGAGUUGGAAUGAUUUGUCCCUAUAUCAUAAAUAUAUCAGUGCUGGUUGGAGGGAUUCUUUCUUGGGGUCUGAUGUGGCCUCUCAUAGAAAAAAGAAAGGGUGAUUGGUAUUCUGCAGACCUGCCCGAAACCAGUCUCCAUGGUCUUCAUAAUAGAUCGAUGAGUUUAGUUAAAAUAAAAGUGCUUCCAAGCUAUCAAGUAGGGAAUUUAUUUCAAUAUAGUUUUUAA